AUGUCGAAAAUCCCAAAACCACGCUCUCGCGAAAAUGCUGAACCCAAUGUUGUCAUAACAAAGAAAGGUAAAGACAAAGAACCGAAUGUUCCACCAAGCAUGAAGCGCUUAUGCGAAAAAAAUAAAGAAUACGAACAAAAACUUAUUGUCGUCGAGAAGGAGAAGCAUCAAUUCGAACUUCAAAUCGAACGUUUAGAACAAGAACUUGCAGAAGAAAGAAGUAAGUUGACCGGAAUUGGAGAUAUUCAGAACGAAUUGGAGAGAAAGAACGCUUUAAUUACUGAACUUAAGAACAAGCUAGCCGGAUUAGAACCAGAGCUUACAGAAACUAGGAAUAAGGCAAUGGAUACAGAAUCUACUCUUUUCGAUCUUAAAAAGCAGUUAGAUAACGCAAAUAACGUUGUAGAAUCAGCAACAUUCGAACAGAAGCACUUACAAGAAGAAAAUGCACAACUUAAGACUACAAUUUCAUCCAAAGACGAAGAAAUUUCUAAAUUACAAAAAGAAAUCAAUGAUUUACAAGAACAGACUAAAAAGAGUGCAGCAGAACUCGAGUCAAUGCAAGAGCAUGCAAGUGAAGUUGAAGAAGAGCAAGCUGCUUUAAUUGGCAAAUUAAAUGAAAAAUCUCGCCAAUACGAAGAACUUCAGAAGACACAAGAUUCAGUAAAAGCAGAUCUUAAUGCUGCAAAUGAAAAGGUUGCUUCUUUAGAAAAAGAAAUCACAAGAAUUAAAUCUUAUAAAUCUGAAACAGAACAAAGCCUUGACCAGGCAAACAUAUCCAAUGAAACAUUGAAAGUAGCAAAUCAAGCUCUUCAACAGCAAAUCGAUCAAUUGAAAGCUCAAAUCGAAACUCUCAAAGCAGAUUCUGUAAAAAUGAAAAAUGAUUUUGACAACUCAAUGAGCAAACAAAUUCAAAAUCAAGUAAAGCAAUCAUCUCAACAAAUGCAAAUGUUUAAAGAUCAAAUAGCAAAUCUUACUCAAGAGAAUGCAGAUCUUUCUACAAAGAUAAUGAAUGCAAAUUCGGAAGUUGCAUCUUUAUCGACAUCAAAAGCACAAAUUUCUGCUCAAUAUGAACAAUCAAAGUGCGAAAUAGAAAGACUUAAUGCAACAAUUAAGAAUUUACAGAGUUCGUGCAGUGCAGAGCAGAUAAAGUUACAAACACAAUAUGAAGAUUUAUUGAAGAAGUUAAAAGAAUCACAAAAAGUUUCAGAAACAUCAAACGAAAAAUUCAAAGAGUUACAAAGGAAAUAUGAUAUUAUUUCAUCAGACAAUGGCAUGUUAAAGGAGAAAUUAACAGCUAAAGAUAAUGCUAUAGGCACAAAUAUUAGUCAGACAACAAAACAAAUGAAUAACAUGAGGGACGAACUCAUGAAAACAACUUCACAAUUAGAAGAAGCAAAAAUUAAUAAUGUUAUGCUUACAGAAAAACUUUCAAAGCUUGAAACGCAGCAGAAGACCGAAAUUGAAAAAGCUAAAUCUAUGAAUAGUGAACUAACAAAGAAAGUCAUGGAUUAUGAGGCAACAAUCAGUAAUUUGAAGAGAUCACUUCAGGAUGAAAAGCAAAGAGCAAAUGAUAUGAUUAAUCAAGAUAAAGAGAAGCUUGAUUUGGUAGAAAAGGUUAUGGAUUUGGAUGCCAAACUUACAGAAGCAAGGCGUCAACAUAUAUCAUCUCAAAAUAACAACCAGUCAGUCGCUCUUACAAAAGAAUUAAACAGACUACGCUCAAAGAUUAUUAUCCUUGAAGCCGAAAAAGCAAAGAAUUGCCCUGUUUUCAAGCAAGAAGAAAGUAAUCAGCCAAUGAAUGUGACUCUUCAUGCUUAUAAAAUGAAGAUUUCACAGAUGCAAAAUGAAAUUGAUAAGCUUCAUUAUGAGCUGAGGACAAGAGAUGAAGCCCAGGCAACAAGCCAAGAAAUUAUUCAGAAUUUUGAAAGUAUCCUCAAGGAAACUCGUUCAAACUAUGCUAAGCUCGCUCAAGUUGUGAAGAAUAUCCAAUUUAAAUAA